AUGGCGGCAAAAUCGACUCCAGACAAUCAUUGCUAUCGUCAAAUCGUCAUUAAUAACAGCCAAGAAGUCCAAUGGAAACAUUUAGUGAUACCAUUACCUGAUAGUGCAACCAAUAAGAAAUCGGAAUGGAUUAUUCCUCCAUUUGCUGGCGGUUUCAGUUAUAAAAAUGCAGGCAAUAUUAGCUCAGCAUCCAGGAAUAGAUUCAUUCUAUGGCUUGUACUGGAUUUCAAUGUCAAUCAACCAUUGCCCCCUAGUCCCCUAAUCGGCCAUUUUUUAACUGGUAGGAUAUAUUACAACUUAUCUAAAAAUGGCAAGAAUUAUGGCCAAACCUCCAAUAAUACUGCACUAUCUAUCCUGGCUAGCAUUACCUUAAAGGAUAGCCUACAAUUUUGUAAUUACGCUGGGCUACCUGCUAUUGGUAGAAUGGCAUCGGCUGAGUUAUUGCAAGACAGUUCAGCUAUUUUUGCUGUAAUUUUACCAUCUUCUAUUAGUAUAAUCAUACUUCCUCCAGUUUCAAGUAACGAAGGUGCAAGAAUAUUGGAAAUUCAUCCUGGGACUUUUGUUCAGCGUUUAAUUAGUGGCUUCAUAUUUGGAUCGAAAAUGAUCACAUCAGCAGAUAACAACUUACUUCCACAAAGUAUCUCAUUUCGUCGCUUAUCUGACGGCAAGUUAUACUUAUUUAUGAUUUGCCAUCGAUAUCAACUCCGUAUUUGGUCGUUAGAGAAAAAUGAUUUCAUUUUGCACAUGGACAUGAACAUCUACAGGCCAUCAUCGGCUGAUAGCGAUUCUUCUGCAGCAGUAGCUGACCAGCCAAAUAGGCUAAGUACCUCGUAUGGAGACGUAGGUGAAUAUGUUGGAGUAUUCUUAUGCUAUCCGGAUCAUGUACAGAAUAUUUUUAUCAGUUUUGCUGUAACAAAUCAAAAUAUUUGGACGCUAUGGAAGAAUAGCAAAGGCGAAACUCUUUUAAAAUUUCUUCCCGUACUUAGUACUCAGAAGAAUCCUGUAGGUUGGCAUCAAGUAAAUGUAUCCUCAAACGAAAAUUGCGAUACUGAUGGAUUAAAUGAUAGCGACGUUGAGGAAUACUUUAUGAGAUUUAUAUUUUUUCCUGGACGAUUUUCGCGCUCUACAAUUGCCAAAGCUAUCCAGAUUACGAAUCAUGCUGUCACAGGACAGAAUACGACGUUAUCUGGAGUUUAUGGAGAAGGAAGCCCUCCAUCAUUGGAUUUAUUAGUAAAAGAUGUAAUCUCGUUAAUGUCAUAUCAAAUUCAGUUAGCGUGUGAAGUUUAUGAUGAAAUAUCGGAGGAGGCGCUAAGGAGUAUUCAAGAGAACUGUUGGUCCAAAUUUUGUAAUAGCUGUCAAGACUUUAGCCAGAUCGAACGCGAAGCGUUUGGUAUUUUUACUGAUAACAGUACCGGAUUGGCUUGCAUUAUUAGAAGAAAUUCUACUUCCUAUAUAUAUCCAACUGAUGUUUUAGCAAGUUUCUGGGAUAAAACUUUAACUUAUACCAACGGUAUAGCCGAUAAUAUUGCAAUGCUUAUUGAAUGUAUUGACUUAAUCAAAACGCACUUAACUCAAGAAAUUCACCUUCGUAUCGAAUAUGAUCUACAUCGUGGUCUUGAUCCGAUUAUGACUAUUUCCGAUAUUGCUGAGCAAAUAUCUGGAAAUUUAAAUACUGCAUCUCCAAUGGCUAGUACACCGCAUUACGAUCUUAUAACUACCUUGGAGAAGAAAUUGAUUGCAAUAGGGGAUAUCUCAGCGGCUAUUAGCAAUACGAUUGAACUUUUGGACGUAUUUGAAAAGAUUGUUGACAGUAAUGAAAUUACAACCGAUAACGAAGGUGGCAUUGAACAAAUUAGCUGUGGACGAUUGUAUAGCAGUAGGAUGGCAAUGAGGAUUCUUUCUACAGCACUUACGGAUAUCGCCCAUGUGCGAUUUGGGAUUUGCUGCGAUCUAUUGCUACUACAAUCUUGUAUUCUCUAUUUCGAAAAUAAGGCUUUUCUACAUGAAGGAGAUCAUUGCAAUACUAUAAAAUGUUUGUUAAUACCUCAUACGAUGAAUUUACUACGAGCAUACUAUUCAAUCUAUUGGCUCGGUCAACAGCCUUGUUCGGCAGCAAGUGGAGACGAAAUGGAGUUUAAUAUGCGUCAGCUAGCUGCCUUAGAAAUUUCUUCAACUUCUGGUCUUUUCUCGGCUGUAAUCGCAGAUCCAAACUAUACCUUGAGCGAGCUGUAUUUAGCUGGAUCAGCUGGAUUUAAAAUGAGAUCGCUUUUAAUGCACUGGCCGGAACAGUGUAGUGUUUCGUUAGUAGAAUGUUUGGUCGCAAAUUGUCAGUACGAAGAAGCAAAGUUCUAUGUAAAUAUGGUAAAUGCCAUAACAGAGGAAGGCUUAGCCGCUCGUGAAUUCAUGCUAGGGCAGUGCUAUUUAAGUACUGCGGAUGGUAGUAAAGCUCUGGAAUGCUUUAUUUCGGCUUCAAAUGGGAUUGCUUCAGAUAGAUUCUUUUGGAAAUUAUUAAUGUCCGAGGUCUAUAAUGAAAAACGAGUUACAGCUCUUUAUUAUAUGAAGGUCAUGCGUCUGUUUGAACAAUUUUCCUACUUCGAUUUGGCAAUUAUUGCUGCCCGCACUGCCAUCAAUUCGGUAGAUUCCUGCGAUGAGGAGAUUCCAGUAUUUUGGUCAAAUAUCUUCAAGUAUUACUUAGAACUUGGUCAGGCAGAACAGGCAUAUAAUGCUCUUGCAUCAAAUCCUGAUGUUGAGCGCCAGAAGGAUUGCUUGCAGCUUUUUGUUACUGUUCUUUGUGAAAAUUUGGAUUUUAAGACCUUAUGCCAAUUUCCUUACGAAGGAUUUGUCGAUAUCGUAUCAGAAAUCAUGUUGAACCGAGCUCGCAAUGUUAGCAUGUCGUCCAAUUGUUACUAUGAUCAACUAUACUCUUUUCAUGUAUUUAGGAAUAAUUUCAGAAAAGCUGCUUGUGUAAUGUAUGAAUGCGCUUCUCGUCUGGCUGAAGAAUGUGUUGGCGUUGCUAGUCUACAACAACAGGCUAAGUGCUAUUUAGUAGCUAGGAACUCUCUCCAUUUAGUUACCGCCGACCGUCGUUGGAUAUUAUGCCCUAAACUAGAGUUACCGAUAUCUAAAUCUAACGCUUUGGAUAAAUCCGAGAAUGCCGCAGAGAUUAGUGACAUAACUGACAUCUGUCUGCGUAGCAAGAUGGUAGAAGUUGGUGAUGUUGAUAAAGAUUAUAUGCUCGUAAUAUCUCGUCUACAAAUACUACAAAGAGAUGAUAACACUAAGUAUUCUGAAGGCCAAUUCACUCCCGAAGAAACUCUGGUUUAUCUGAUAUCGGCUGGUUUAUUUGAUACCGCCUUUUCACUUGCACGUGCUUUUGAUAUACCAUAUAGCAAAAUCUUUGAAGGAUUGGCUUACAACUAUCAAAUUGAUGACAGCGAGUUAGCCUGGCUAAAAGCGAACGAUUUUUCAUUCGUAUGCUCUAAUAGGGAACUGAGCCCUACAGAUCGAGCAUGGCUAUUAUUGGAACAUUAUCUGAGUUAUUUUGAUGGUGCUGAGAGUAGCACGUUUUAUGCUUGCGUUAUAAAUAAGCUGCUGUCUCUAAAUUGUUCUUUGCCGUACUGGUUAUCGUCAUCGUUAAAGAAAUUAGACUUGGCUACACUUCUGCGCCUGUACAUCCAGUAUGACUUUUUAAGUGAAGCUACGCAGCUGGUUAUGGAUUAUAUUGAUGCUGUGCACGGGAUUCAUACAGCGGAAUUCGGCCUUAAGAAUGCUGCUCAUGCCGACAGUCCGAGCGUUUGGCUGCCUUAUUCAUCGAUUGAUCAUUUGUUACAGUUACUGGAUAAGAUUUCAUCGGAAACAGAGUUGUAUAAGUUAAAGAAAGAAUUGCAAGACAAACUUGGGCGAUAUUUAGAAUUUGCUGAUAAAAUUUCAGUAAUUAAGAUUGAUAACGAGCAAAGUCGGAGAAUGACCAGAGAAUUACAAGGCGUUGCAAGUGCAGGCAAUAUACCAUUCCAGUUUGUAAAGUAG